AUGGCGAUGAUGGCAAUGAUGAUGACGGUGAUGACGGUAAUAUUGGUGAUGAUGAUAGUGGUAAUAAUGGCAACAAUGAUAGUGAUGGUGAUGAUGGCAAGGAUUGAUAGUGGUUUUGGUGGUGAUGGUGGCAAUGAUGAUAGUGAUGAUGGCAAUGAUGAUGGUGGUGAUGGCGGCAGUGAUGAUGGCAGUGAUGACAGUGGUGGUGAUGGCAAUGAUGAUGGUGAUGAUGGUAGUAAUGAUGCUAAUGAUGAUGGUGGUGAUGACGGCAGUGAUGAUGGCAGUGAUGAUAAUGGUGAUGGUGGUGGUGAUGGCAGUGAUGAGAGUGGUGAUGGUGGUGGUGAUGGCAAUGAUGAUGGUGGUGAUGGUGGUGGUGAUGGCAAUGAUAAUGAUGGUGAUGGUAGUGAUGAGAGUGGUGAUGGUGAUGGUGAUGGUGAUGGCAAUGAUGAGAGUGGUGAUGGUGGUGGUGAUGGCAAUGAUGGUGGUGGUGAUGGUAGUAAUGAUGGCAAUGAUGAUGGUGGUGAUGGCAGCAGUGAUGAUGGCAGUGAUGACAGUGGUGGUGGUGGUGAUGGCAAUGAUGAUGGUGGUGAUGGUGGUGGUGAUGGCAAUGAUGAUGGUGUUUUCAUUCUGUCAUUUGGCAUUGGACCGACUCAGGCGCUGUAA